CGAAGUUGUUUUUCGCUGUCUGCGGCAAUUUGGCUUCGUCGUCCAGGCCGGCCACAACGUACCCAAACAGACCACCUCUUUGCAAUACACGAUCGUCGCGCUCGCCGUCGCCCGCAUCGUCUUGCUCGUCGUCGCCGUCGUCGCCCCCAAUGAACAUGGCCCGUGCGCACGAUCAGGAAAGUCGCACGGGCGGCUGACAUAAGCAGUCGCCUGGCGGCGCCAGCCCGGCUUGACCUUCUCGACCUUUUUCCCAACGUCCAGCACACCCCCGCUGUCGCCCGUUCGCGUCUGCCACCCUUCCCAACACCAUCCACCCAUACCUUGUGAAGUGAGGCGAUAUGGCGACCCCCGGGCAGCCUGGCAUGCCGAUGAUGGCAGACCCGAAUAUGAAUCCCGAGUACUUUCAGCAGCAGCCACCCCCUCCAGGCCAGCCACAGCCAGGCGAGGACUUGACGGGUGGCUUACCGAUCAACCUCGACUCCUUGAGAGACGGUCCGCCGGGGAGCAAGCCCUUUUACCCAUAUUCGACGCUUAUUCGCUACGCGAUCAAGGGCUCCCCCAACCAGAAGCUCCUCCUCGAGGACAUCUACUACGCCAUCGAGUCCCGAUUCCCUUACUUCAGAACGGCACCCAGCGGCUGGAAGAAUUCUGUCCGUCACAACCUCUCGCUCAACCCAUGCUUUGAGAAAGUUCCGCGUCCGCUCACCGACCGCGGCAAGGGAUCCUACUGGACGGUGAACGAUAAUGUCGACCCGCGCACUGGUGUGCACAGGGUGCGCAAGAAGAAGGGUGGCAAGGGCAAGAGCCGCGGAGACUCUGUCGAAGCCGAUCAGGAUUACCACCAACACGCCGAAGCUGGCUACGAUCCCCAGCAAUACGUUCAACGUCCUGAAGAUGGCGGCUCCCCAACUCAACCACCUCCUGCCCCUUACCCCUAUCCUCCUUUCGACCCAAACUUCAUGAUGGGCAUGCGCUUUCCACCAAUGGGCGGACCUAUGCCCAUUUCACCCGAAGAAGGGCUUGAACUUGACGAGAACGGCAACGUUGACUGGAGAGCGGCGUGGCUCAAGGAGAUCGGUCACCUGCAACAAGUCACCGCAGAGCAGGAGAAGGCCGGCGUGGACGCAGAGUGGUAUCGGAUGAUGCUAUACCGCGUUAGGACAGCGCUCAUGCCGCCCGUUGCGGUAAACCCGGACGGUACCGUCAUGCAUAUCCCGCCCCCUCACCUUGCGCCGCCGCCGCCAGCCCCCGCACCGCCUGCAGACGGACAGCAGCAACCGCAGACGGCGCCACCGCAGUGAUCCUACUUUUCUCACCCUCGUGAACCCAGGUCCUGUAUCGCUUGUCCUUCGCUUUCUACCGCUUCGCUAUGGAUGCUUUUCGGAAUUCGUACCACCUGUGAUGAUGUGCCUUGUACCGUAUCGUACUCUUCUUACCCAAUCCUCUCGUCCCGCAGAAGACCUAGGAGCGCCGCUUACAGAUGCUGAUCGUGCAGCCUUGUCAUAGUCGUGACCCUUAGCGAAUCAUCGAUCCUAUGUUGCUGUUGUUGUCUAUACACGUCGUGUAUAAUGAAAGAAAGAUCUCAACAAGGUCCUCACCCAGCA